UCCUUUCUCUCUGUUCGAUUUUGCAACAGACGGAGGUGAGAGAUAGAGAGAGGUCAUUUCAAUCGAUGGGCGCGGUUAAUUUCUUUGUCUUCAUUAGGGAGGAGGGGGAUUGAGUAGUAUGAUGAGCACACGUGGCGGAGAGAGAGACGCACCGUAUAUUCCAGACACGGAAAUAGGGAAGGGGUUAAACAAAGAGAGAGCAGUGUCCGUAAUAUCCAGCUCAGAGUCACCGACUGACCGCCCCAGCCAUCCAUAUCACGACCGAGUUCCUGGUGGCGAUUCCGCUUACAAAACCCCCUCUUUGAUCUUAUUUCUCUCAGAUUCUCGCCUCCUCUAAACUCACUGUCACUACGGUUAGGGUUUUUGACUAAUUACGAUUCGCCCAAGCAGCGGAAAUGGGUAGAGGGAAGGUGCAACUGAAGCGAAUCGAGGACAAGAUCAGGCGCCAAGUGACUUUCUCCAAGAGAAGGACUGGGCUGAUGAAGAAGGCUCGCGAGCUCUCCGUGCUGUGCGGCGUCGAGGUUGGGCUCAUCAUCUUCUCCGCCAAAGGGAGGCUCUACGAGUUCUGUAGCGGCGAUAGUUUAGGAAAUGUUCUUGAGCGUUACCAGAUACAUAAUGAGGAAGAAGUUGCUGCUCCCAAGAAUGCCAAGAAGCAUAAUUUGGAAUUGACUGGUAAUGGCACAUGCGCUAAGAAAUCCCUGAAAAUGAUUCAAAGUGAACUAGAAGCACAGAACAUUGAAAAUCUGGAUUUGACAGAGCUCACUCAACUUGAGAAGCAACUGGAUGCUAUAUUAAGACAAACAAGAUCAAGAAAGACGCAGCUCAUGACGGAAACAAUAACAGCUCUCAUUGACAAGGGAAAGAAGCUGGGAGAAGAGAAGGAUCUCAUGGAAAAGGAGAUUGCAGCACUGAUGGUGGAGAAGGCGAACCAGCCGGAACAGCCAACUGCGAUUGCUGCUGCUAAUGAUAAUCAUGAUGAUGAGGAAAUGGAAGGAGAACGAGAAGGAGAAGCAGAUGAGCACAGCAGUUGUGCCCAGACCAAACAUCCCGUGCUUAAUUUGUUUUAGAUCGAAUUCCUAGUACUUGUUUAUAUGUGUGUAUUGUAGCUGGGACAUCUGCAUGCGACGUGGCAGAAGCAGAUACUUCCCACGUCAACUCGUAAUGACACUUGUAGCUAUAGUAGUCAAGACAAGGACAAACCGCACCGUUUCAACCACAAUUGUAUUUUGUAUGUGGAAGAGUAUGUUUGUAAUGUAAGGCCAUCUCCCAUGGUCAGUUUAAAGUCUAAAUUAUAAAAAACCCAUGAUUUCCAAUA